AAUGAGAGUAGGCAUAUUGCUAUUAACGAUUUUAAUGAUGGGAACAUUAGCCUAAGAUAAUGAGGUUGUUGUCUAAUUAUUGGCUGAAUUAAGAUAAGAGGCAGUUGAAUAAUUACAACUUUUGAAUGCUAGAUUCUAACCAAUCAAGUAAGCCAAAUUAGAUUAAAUUGCAGUGAUUUAAUAAGCAAUUUCAGAACAGAAAGGAGAGUGCUAUAAUAGAUAGCAAGAUGUAAUUAAGCAUAUCAUAAUUUUGUUUAGGUUGAAGCUAAGCAAACUGAAAUUGAUUUGGCUAAUGAAUAUAAGAAUUGGAUGAAAGCAAGAUAAGAAAGCAAUAAUAAUCGUAUUGGUGUUCUUUCUACAAAUGUAUGUGAAAAGAAUAAUAAUUCUUUAAAUAAAGUGAAGAAUGGUAGAGUGUUAUUAAGAUUGAUUGCUUACUUAAGAGCAACUUUAUAAGCUUAAUUAUCAACAUCAUUUGCAGAAGUCAAAGAGAACACAAUAUCUGAAAUAUCUCAUAUAGUCACUGCUUAUAAGGAAUAUAGAAAGAUGAAUAUGUUAUAGACAAAGCAAGAGGAAUUAGAAUUGAAUGGCACAAUUGAACAAUUAAUAGAAAUGUUAAAUUAAAUGGAAAGAGAAAUCUAGGAUGAUGUUGCUAAUGGAUAAAAUGGUUAAGUAUAAAUUGGAGUAACCUUCUCAGAAUUCAAGGUGAGAAUUGAAAAAGAGAAUGAUAUUUUUAAUAGAUAAAUUGAAGUCUAAGAUGAUUUGAUUACAGUACUUAUAUUCUUUUAUAUUCUUAGCAUUUCCAAAAUCAAUUAACAACAUUAUAUGGAAGAGUUAACAAAUGUGAAUCCAGAUAAAAAGAAAUAGAAUAUACCUUAUUAGUAGCCUAAGAAGAUUUGAGAUAUGAUCAAGAAUGGGCUGAUGAAGAUAGAUUAAGAUUGGAAGAAGAAAUUGAAUUAUUUGAUUGGUUAAUUAAACAUUACUAAUCUGGUAAUUUUGAUGAUGAAACUGAUGGAAGUGGAAAUAAUAAUAAUGAUAAUGGAUCAACUGAUGGAUCUAAUGGAUAAUCAGUAAAUUAUAAUAAUAUCUAUUAGGGUUUAACUGGAGAUGACAGAGAUGGAGUAAUUGAUUAUACACCAUUGAAAGAAGUAUCAAAUGCCUGGGGAUCUGAAGAUGAAGGUGAUAAUCAUGAAAAUGGAAAUAAUAAUACAGGAAAUGAUGCAGAAAAAGAAGAUAGAGGGGAUGUAAUUGAUUACACACCUUAUGAAGAAAAAGAUCUUGAUUGGGAUUCCUUAUUGUAGAAAAAAUAAAAUAAGAAUCAUCGUUAAUCAAAGAAACAUAAUACUCAUAAGUCCAAAAAAUGAU